UAUUUUUUUGAAAGCUCGCAAACAAAAUACAUUAAAAUUUUUAUUUUCAUAAAAUUCCAGAAACGUCGUAUAUAUUUUUAUAAAUUUAUUUUACAUAAUUUUACUACGGAUAAAUAAUUAUAAUUUUUAUAAAAUCUAUUUAAAAAUGACAUCGAUGAUACCGACCGCACGUUAUCGGCCAGUGGUGCGCAUUGGCAAUUGGUUUGAGGACAUCUGUUUGGAGCAGGAAAAAGUGCAAGCAUUCAAGAGCCUACGCGAUCGCGGUCAAUUGUUGGUGGAGAAGACACGUCGACUCUUCGACAAUUUUCACAAAGCCAUCGAGUUGGAGGCGCCCAAAGAAAAUAUCUACUUCGGCGCCAUUGUACAACUGAUGCCCAUGAAAAUGAAUAUCUGCGAAGAGCAUGUGAAGGCACAGCCCGCACUCUCGGUUAUCAUCAACGAACGUGUAGUGCGACACAGUCAGAAUAUUAAUGAGGAAUGUGAAAUAACCAUUGCGCCGUCGGUGACACCCUGUGUACGCAAUUCAUUUCGUAUAGUCAGUGGAGAUGAGAAGGAUCGCACCAAUGAGGUGAUUAAAUAUGGACAACAAUUUCGUCUGGAAUGUGUGGAGAGUCAGGAUGAUGUGCUGCUUUUGUAUAGUGCACCAAAAUCGGCGGAUUUGAAGAGUAUGAUCUUAACAACUUUCGAUUCGAGGAAAUGGGGAGAAAUCAAUCUGGCACUGGGGUUAUGUAGAAAAAGUAACUGUGGUCCCGGCAAGGAGAUACCCUCGGCAUAUACGAAAUGGUUUUGCACUCAUAUUGAGCCGAAGAAGCGUUUCGAAAGUCAUGGUGCGCCUGUGCCGAGCAAUACCGCUUUGGUUAUCACACAUGUUCCAACCAAUAAGAAUCUUGCGGCCGAAAAUGUAGUCGUACAAACACUUUUUGGACCGGAAUUCCUCGUGUCAGUACAGAACUAUAAAGACAUAUACAAUCGCGAACGUUGGCAAAAUAUUUGGAUGAUUUGCAAUGGACAGAGCGGUUAAACGUUAAGCAAAUAUUCCACAGAUAGUAGCGGAAUCAUUGAACCCAACUGCUGCAAAGUACGUUUGUACGCAAAAAAUGUAUGGAAAGAAUUCAAAAUGCAAUUAAAAAAAAAACAAAUCAAACUUGUAAAAAAAAAAACAAAAAUAAAUUAAAUAUAAAAUAGCGCAUGAAAAACA